AUGGUGAACCCAAAAAUUUUUUUUUUGCUUUUUUCUCUACUAACUAGUUUUCUAUUUAAGAGACAUUACUAUGCUGCUGAUAUAGCACCAAAAUCCAUAAAAAAACAAAAUUUUUCUUUUAUGAAUACAUAUGACAACCCACACGUUAAGAGAAAUAAACUCAUAAAAUUAAAUAAUUUAAAGUAUAAAAAUACACAAAAACCGAAUAAAAAAGUAAUACGGAAAAGAGGAAUUAGUUUUGUUUCACUUAAUUUAAACAAUAUUUUAGAAUUAAAAUUAAACGACCCAAUAAAUCUAUUAAGCAAUAUUUUCUCAAAAGAAAAAACAAAAUAUCUAUCUAGUUGUUAUGAAGACAAAAAACUUAAAAACAUCGAUAAUUGUAACAGAUUCACAACUUCACAAAAAAUAUGUGAUUCUCCUGUUGAUUUUAACCUCAAUGAUAACUUCUGUAUUAAAGAAGAUAAUGAACUAUCUUUAAAAUGCUUAGUUGACAAUAAAUCUGAAUAUUUAGAAAUAAAUAACAAUCAUGUAGUUCUUGAAUCAGGAGAAAUUUUUGAUUUAAAAAUAAAAAAUGAAUCAUUAUUUGUGCACUCUUCUAUAAUCAUUACAAAAGAUACUUGUUUGGAUAAAAAAAAAUCAAUUAGUCCCGAUUUUAAAUUUUAUUCUCAGAAUACUAUUAAGAAUUUUGGUAAUCCUAUAUUAUACAAAGGAGAAAUAAUUGGCUCUGAAUUUAAAAAUAUUAAAGUAGAAGAUAAUGUUGAAGGUUUAUAUAAUGUAUGCUCAUGCUAUGAGAACUAUCCAUAUUAUUAUAACAAAUGUACAGAUACUAACAAACAUUAUAUUAAUAUCUCAACUAUUCGAGUUGUCAAAAAACUUGUGAAUGAAAUACACUUAUUAUCUGGAAAUAAACUUAUUUUAAAUUUCCAAGCAUAUAGAACACCAUUUCCCUUUAAUAAAGCCUUUAUCAUUGAUAAAGUAAAAUAUUAUAAUUGCAAUAAUAUUAAAGACACUUCAUUUAACCAAAUACAAGAAGCUUUUCAUAAAAAUGAAAAAAAACUUGAGUUUUAUGACGUAUUUUUAUAUGAAAUCGAUGCAAACAAAUAUAACAAUGAUAUUGUUUUUGAAAAACCAGGAACUUAUUUAUUAUGUUACACAUCAAGUGAUAACGGAGUGGAAUAUUCGUCUCUUCUUUCUACAAUUCAUGUUAACGGUUAUGACAUAAACAAAAUAAAUUAUUUAUAUUUAGACUUAAACCCUAUUAAAUUAAAUUUGAAAAAUUAUAUCGUUUUGCACAGAUAUAAAUUAAACGAGAAUUUAGAAGAAGUUUUUUUGAGAAAAAAAGAAAUAAACCGAUGUUCAGGUGAAGAUGUGUCCUAUUCAAAUAAUAUAACAGAAACUAAUAGUGAUAAAAAUAAAGAUAUUAUUUUAGAUAAAAUAUAUAUUUCUGAUAUAAAUUUAAAUGAUUAUGGUCAAAUAUUAGAAAUUUGCUCAAAAAAAAGGAAUGAAUAUUCUUUAAUAGGAUAUGCUAUGGUAAAACAGUAUGUUUUACAUAAUUAUAAGGAUAUAAACCAUUUAUUAGAUUUUAAUAUAGCUCCCGAUGACAUUAGAACGUACACAAUUCAAAGAACAUCAAAUUUCUUAAUAUUUUUCCCAGAAUUAUUAAAUAUUUUUAAUUUAAAUAAUAUAAAUGAUUUGUAUAUAUCAUUUUCAUGCUAUUCAACAAAAAAUGAAAUAAUCUUAACCUAUAAUUAUGAUGAAAACAUGACACCAAUAUUUUUUAAAUAUUUUAAAAUAAGUAAUGCUUCCAGUUCUAUUUUGAACGUUACAGAUGAUGCUGUGCAAUUAUAUGUUUUAAAAAAAAAUUUACAAUCUUUAUAUUUAUAUGAUAUAACACCAGAAAAAGUAAAGGAGAAAAGAAAAAUUAUAAAUAAUAACAUAAAUGAUGUUCAUGUAGAAUUUCUAUUAUCAUAUUAUUUAGAUUAUUCUAAUUUUUUAAAAUGUGAAAAAUGCAUAUCACCUAUUAUGAUGGAACCAAUUUAUGAUGAGAAUAAAAACUUAAAGCAAAUUUUUUUAAUAUCAGCACAUCCUUAUAUAAAAUUAAUGAUAGUCGAUUUAAAUUUUAACAUCACUUAUAAACAUGAUAUAAACGUUGUAAAAAAUUUAAUAACAGAAAUUCGAGGUAUCAAUUUUAGUUUGGAUGUUUUAAAAAAUUCUUCAUUUCUUAUAACAGAUAUUUCAUGUGGAGCUUUAAGAAAUGAAUCAUUAGACUGUUUUUUAAUUGAUCAAUUAAAUAACAGUGUUAUAGCUAUUGAAUACAUUGAACCAAAAAACUUGCUAAUUGUUGUAGACAUUUUUGAAGGAGAAAAUAAAAAUGACUUAAAUCAAGAAAGUAUAAAUCUUUAUAAUGAUUCCGUAUUUAGCCAAUCAAAUACUUUUUUAUACAAACCCCAAAAUAUUGUAAUUUACCCAUAUGAUGAAUCCUAUGUCUUAUUUAUAAGCGACGACAAUUCUAAUGAAAUAAACUUAUUACAUUAUAACAAAUAUAAACUUGAUAACAAUUUAUUAUAUGUAACUAAAAUAAAUAAUACAUACAUUGACGAUGGAAAAAUAGAAAAAAUAUAUAAAUUUUAUGAUCAUAAAGAAUUAAUUAAUAGAAAUAUACUUUUAAUAGUGAAAUAUUAUGAAGGUGAUAUACAAUUUAUGUAUGGUCCAUUGAGAAAUAUCACUAAUAAACUUGAAUUAAAAUAUAAUUAUCCAGAAGUUAUACAAGACGACAACAAAGUGUAUACACUCCAAAUAAAAUCAGACGAAAUAAAAAAAAUGAACUUACUUCAUAAUUUUCAAGUUGAAGUUCACAAUUUAAAUAAAUCGCAAUUUGUCACAAUAGAUAAAUAUGACGGAACUAUUAAUAUUAAAUUAUCAGAGUUUGUUGGUGAUAUAGUUAACUUGACUGCUAAGCUUAAUGGAGUUUUUGUCGAAAUAAAAGUAGACAUGAAUUUUACAGUUAUAUGCGCUGAUGGAAUGAAAGUAUUUAAUAAAAGAUGCGUUCCUUGCCCAAUAGGAUCAUAUAACAACGUUAAUGAAUAUAUUAAAAAUAAUAAUAUAUAUGAGUGUACAUUAUGUCAUGACCAUUCUACCACUAAAGAAGAAGCUUCUACGUCAGUAACUCAGUGUCUUUGUUUACCUGGGUACGAAUUAAACAAUAAUGAUGAAUGUGUGCCAUGCAAACAGGAAACCUGGAAGACUGAACUCUCUAACUCUCCUUGUAUUUUUCAUUGCUACCCUAAUUCAUACAGCACAAUUCAUGGUAGUCGUAGUGAAGAAGAAAGUCAAUGUAAAUGCAAAAAAGGAUAUUAUUUUGUCUCUAAAGACUCUAUAAAUUUCUGUGAAGAAUGUGAUAUAGGUUAUUUUUGCCCCGGUGGAUAUAAAUCAGAUAAAAUAAAAUGCCCAGAAAAUACUACCAAUACAACGCAAAAAAACUUUUCUAUAAAAAGUUGUAAAUGUGACUAUGGAUUUGAACCCUAUGAUUCUACAAAUAUCAUUAAUUACGAUUUUAAAAAUGAUCCUAUUUUCAAUGAUUACAAAGACUUCACAAUAGAUAUAGAAAGUUCCCAAGUAUGUAAACCGUGUAAAGUAGGAUUUUAUAAAAACACAGUUUCGGAAGAAAAAUGUAAAAGUUGCUCUUCAAAUGUAUAUACAGAAGGUACACAAUCCAUUUCAAUAUCUCAAUGUAAAAAAUGCAAAAAAGGUUACUAUUUACAUUCUGAAAAUUCUUGCUUAUUAUGUCCAGAUAAUCAUUAUUGUCCUGGUUUUGAUAAAAUGGAUCCAAAAUAUGCAAUUUAUGAAAAUCAGAAAGUCCCAUGUAAUGGAAAAAAAUUAACAAAACAUCCAAAUAGGUUAAAUGUAUCACAUUUAAGUUGCUUAUGUAAAAAGGGUUAUGAAUUUGUAAAAAUGGAUGAUAAUGAAUUCGACUGUUUAGAAGUAUCUAAAAAUUAUUAUAAACCAGAACUUAGCAAUACUGAGAAGAAACCUUGCCCAAAAAACAGUAUUACUCUAUAUACAAAAACAAAAAGUAUAGAUAAAUGUUUAUGUAUGAUAGGUUAUUACUGGGAAUUAAAUGAAUAUAAAUGUAUUAAGUGCCCCAAAGGAUACUACUGCCCUGGUGGAUAUUUAAAAGACUGUUUCGAAAAGAAUACUUUACAUUUAUGUAGACCAAAAAAAACAAAAUGUCCUAUAAAACACUCGACAACUCAAGGUGAAGAAUCUUUUAGCGAAUCAAGUUGCUUCUGUGAUAAAGGAUACACAAUAAAUAAAGAAAAAUUAAAUGAAUGUAUUCCAUGCCCAGUUAAUACAUACAAAGAUGCUAUAUCAAAUGCAGAAUGUAAUAUGUGUUUAACACCAUAUACAACAGAUGGACAAAUAGGGAGUACGAAAGAAGAAGAUUGUACAUGUUCAGGAGGUUAUUACUUCUUUAAUCAUUGCUUACCAUGUAGCGAUAAGAACACUUAUUGCAAAGGUGGGAAAAUGAUAGUGAACAACAAAAGCAAAACUAUUCAUUAUGCUCCAUCAAAAUGCCCACCGAAUACUACGGUAUCAUUUGAGGCAGAACGUCCAUUUAAUAAAAGUUUUUGCGUUUGUAAAAAGGGUUUUAAGCAUGUAUAUACUUCUCCAUAUAGAUUAACAAAAAUUUGUGCACCUUGCGAACGUGGGUUUUUUAAGACUAUGAUUGGUGAUUUUGCCUGUGAAUCUAAGUGUAAACCUAACUCAACUAGUUUUGUUGGAACUAUGCAUGAAGCUCAUUGCUUUUGCUUAGAAAAUUAUUAUUUUAAAAAUGGGGUUUGCUUAAGCUGUCCUGAUGGUGCUUAUUGCAAAGGGGGUUUUGAAGAAGAAACUUUAUUAAUUAUGAAAAAAAAUGAAAAUUAUUUAGAUCCAUCAAAAAUUAAGCAUGUAAUGCCUGUUCCUAAAGAAAAUUAUGCACUUUACAGAUUAAAGACAAAUAUAUACAACUCUAAUUGGUUUAUUGUAGAAUGCCCAAUUAAAGAAGCAUGCCUAUACGACGAAAAGUGUCAUGAAUCAAUGACUAAUUUUUUAUGUGGAGAGUGCAAAAAAGGAUAUACAAAUAAUUUUUCUAAAUUAAAUUUAUGUAUAAAGUGUAGUGGAAAUAUAAUAAAUAUUUUACAUAUGAUUUUUGUUUGUGCUUUUGUUUUAUUAUUUACUGUUAUUAUGGCAUACUUAAAUGUUUUCACAGGUACAAAUAGAAAAUCUGUCCAUUCUAUUGUUAUUAAAAUUGCAGUUAAUUAUUUCUCUUGUAUGAAAAUUUUUUAUGUUAUGGGUACAAGCGAAAUAUAUUUUCCCAUUAAUUUCUCUUCACACGCUAAUUAUAUAAUUACAAAUAUAAAAAAAUUAUUAAAAGCAAAAAAAAAUUAUGGCCCAUAUUGCAUUUUAACAAAUUAUUUUGCUUUAUCGCAUGCAGAUGCUUAUUUCUAUGGAAUGGUUUUUUAUGCUUUUAGGCCUAUUUUACUUGCAAUUGUUCUAACAAUUUUAAUGUUCCUUGUUGUAGAAAUAUAUAAACAUAGAGUUAGAAAUGAAACAAAAUUAAAAUUAAAAGUAAUAGAUAAAAUUAAAGAACUAGGAAAUAAUAAAUUAUAUGAAGAAAUAAUGCAAGAAUUACCAUCAGAAAGAGCUUUAGUAUUAUUUAGAUAUUUAACUAUACCUGGAGAUUCAAAGUUUAAAAGAAUAAGAAAUUUCCUUGAAGACAUGACUCCUAUGUACGUUACACUAUUAUUUUUUAUUCAUACUAAAACUACUCUGUCUAUGCUGACUUUGUUAGAUUGUAAAGCAAUUUACUACAAUGAUAAGUUUGUAGAGCAAUACAUGAGUUAUGUACCAAGUGUAAAAUGUGAUUUAUCUAAAAAUUACGCAAAAUUUUUCAUAUUAGGUAUUAGUGGAUUAAUAGUCUGGGGAAUUGGUAUUCCAUUAAUGUCUUACUUAGUGUUAUAUAAAAAUAGAAAGCAAUUACAUUCUGAAAAUAUUCUGCUUAAAUAUGGAUUUUUAAAUAAUGGUUUUAAUUUUCAAUUUUGGUAUUGGGAAUCAGCUGUGUUUUUAAGGAAAAUUUUAGUUUUAUUAAUAUCAACUGUUCCUAUAUUUAAAACAGCUAAAAUAUUUGGUACUACUAUGUGGUUGUUUACUAUUAUUUCAUCUUUCUUUCUUACCUUACAGUUAAUACUUCAGCCGUUUGACUCAAGAAAUUACCAUAUUUUAAAUAAAUUAGAAACUUAUAGCAUGGUUUCUUGGACAAUUACCCUAAUGAUUUUUGUUUUUUUGACAAUAUCAAAUUGUACUGCAACAAUAAAUUUCUAUAUAUUAUUAUUUUUAUUAUUUUUUAAUUUUAUAUUUAUAGCUAAAAUUUUGAUAUCUCUUUGUUAUUCAUAUAUCGAAAAUUUAAGACAUAUAAAAAAAAUGAUUAAACUUCCGUUUAUAGGAAAAUUUUUUGAAAAAAUAUCAAAAAUAUCUGAAGAAAAAUAUUAUAAAGAACCUAUAGUUUCUUUAAAUACAUAUGAUAAUUCUAUUAAAUUAACUAGAAAAUAUAAAGGACCAAUUUUAUUCAACAAAAAAAUGUUAACGAAUGAAGAAAAAAAUUAUUUUCUCGACGUUUUAUCAAAUCUCAUAUACUUCGGUGUAUUAAAUUUAAAAUUUUCUAUUUUUCACUCAUAUUUUAUGGAAUUUAUUCUAAGAUUAUCAAUAAUUGAUCAUGAAAUGUUUUACAAAAAAGGAAAAAAUGGAAUUUUGAAAUUAGUAACUAAAAACUCGAAGAACAUUGAUGAAUGGGUAAAAAUUAAGGAAGAUGAAUUAAAAAAAAGAACAUUUUUUCAAAAACAUAAAAAAAUAUUGAAUUUAUUUACGAAAAAUUCAUUUAUUAUUCAAAAUAACAAAAGAACAGUUAUAUAUAAAAGAGACAGGCAUACAAUAAUGUCUGAUUAUGAAGCAUUGAUUAAUGUACUAAAAUACGAUAAAGAUUUUAUAACUGAUUUUAAAUUUUUGUAUGAUGAAGGCACAGUUAAAUCAGGAUUAAUCCUUUCUGAUUUACAGUUAUCUUUUACCAAAAUCAAAAUGAAAGAUAAAGAAUUAAUUAUGCAAUUAUUUUCAUUAUUUAUUGCAAAAAAGAAUAUUGUACAAUUUGAAAGAGAUAUCCACCUUAAGAAUAAAGUUGAACAGCUUAAAAUGUUAUAUGAAAUUCUUAUUACGGCUAAUGAAAAAAAAAAAAUUACGUUUAGAAAAAAUGUUGAGAAUGCUGUUAAAGGAGAUCCAUUUGAUCAUAUACCAUUAGAAAAUGAAUUAAUAUUGCUAAAUAAUAGAAUUAAUAACCUAGUUAAUGAUUAUCAAAGGUUAAAAAAUGUUGGUUACUAUGAAGGUAAGUAUAAUCCUGAUGAUUAUAUGAGUCUAAAUAAUGAUUCUGAAUUUUUUAACAGCAAAUUAGUAGAACUCGGUUUUAAAGUAGAUAAUGAUGAUGAUGUGAGUAAAAAUAUUGAAAAAAAAAAUGAAAAUAAGGGAAGUAAAGAAAAAUAUCACAAAAAAAACGAAAAUAUCAGAGAAAAUGAGAAAAAAAAAUGCAUAGAAAAUAAUAUAGAAAAUAAAAACAGUAAUGAUGAAAAGAAAAAUUAA